AUGAUGAUGUUGAUGAUGAUGGUGCUGAUUAUGUUUCUUUUGAAUGAUGAUGCGGUUGAUGAUGAUGAUGAUGAUGAUGAUGAUGAUGAUGAUGAUGAUGAUAAUGAUGAUGAUAGAAAUGAUGCCGAGGAUGAUGAGGAUUAUUCCGAUGAUUCUGGUGAUGAUGAUGAUGAUGAUGAUGAUGAUGAUGAUGAUGAUGAUGAUGAUGAUGAUGAUGUGAUGAUGAUGAUGAUGAUGAUGAUGAUGAUGAUGAUGAUGAUGAUGAUGAUGAUGAAGAACGGAGGAUGA